UGCAGUGGACGCUUCAUUGUGUCUAAGACUCAGUUUCUCUUCACUGCUCUGUGUUACUUCACUUCAACUUCCCUCUUCUCCGUGGCUGCUUACAGAGGAACAACAGGACAAACUCGACCUGAUCGGUUAAUGCAUAUUCACACUCUAUGACAACACAGCUGACGACAGAUGGGCAGUCCCAUGAAAACAAUGGGCCAAUCCAAUUGGUCCUGAUCAAAGCUACAUUUAUCACACGAGGCCUGUUUGGUUUGUAAACAGUGGUUUGUGAGGCGUCCUCAUUAAGGACAAGUUUGGCUUUACAGACAACACUGAUUGUCACUCUCCGUGAUACACAGAUCUUUGAUGGUUUAUCGAGGCAGAGAAAGUAGUAUGAUGAAUUUUCUUCGUAUUGAACUGCUCUGGGCUCUGCUGUUUGUCGGAGAACUGCAGGCGUCCGUCCAUAACGACCAGAUAAACAUCACAGCUGGACAGAACGUCAGUCUGACAUGUCGAGCUCCAACCAAGAACAUUGAUCUCGUAGAAUGGAGCAGAGAUGACCUGGGAGAUGAAUAUGUCCUUAUGUAUCGGCAUGGGAACUUUCAUCCAGACAAACAGCAUCUAUCAUUUAAGAACCGGGUGGAUCUGCAGGACAGACAGAUGAAGGAUGGAGACGUGUCUCUGAUUCUAAAGAAUGUGACGAUUGCUGAUAGUGGAACAUACGAGUGUCGUGUUAUCCAGAAAGCAAAAAAUGGUUUAACGCUCCUCUGCAACAUCACCCUGGUUGUUGAUCCUCCAGGUCAGACAGGAGGACACACAGAGGAUGGAGGGAAGGAGGAUGGAUCUGCUGGACUCGUCAUUGGCCUUUCAAUUGUUGCUGUGGUGUUUUCUGCUGCUGUUGUUCUUAUUUUGAUCUAUAGAAAACAUAAACAAUGUAAUCAGGACUCACAUCCUCCUCCUGCUGAACCACAGAUCGAAAUGUCUGAGAGUUUUCUAAACUCUGAAUCUCCUGCUGCUGAAUACAAUGACAGAAAUGACCUGGAAGCAAACAACUGCCACGAUCAAUCCACAAGGAUCCCUGAUGUCACUCUGACACUUGAGAAUGAACUACUUCAUCCUCCUCUUCAGGAAACAGCAGGACUGCUUCCAGAGAGAAACAUCAGAGUGCAGUAGAUAAUGUCUGACAGCAGUUUGAAGAGGAAAUGGAUUCUGUUCUGUUCUUCACUCAUCACCUACCUGACAGCUGACACCUCACACCUGUUUCUCACCUGCAGGUCAGCCAGGAGGAGACCCUGUGCUGGAAGCUGGUCUGUCAGUUUUUGGUGUGACUUUUUUUUUCUCCUGAAACUAUUUUUCACCUCCUCCUUGUACUGAACAAAAGCUGGUCUUAAACUACAUUUAUAUUAUAAGCUAAUGAAAUGUUUCAUAAGUAAAAUCUGACGGUUGAGCUUUCAGAUUACUGCAGUACUAUUUAAUCUACCUCAUGCUUUAUAACCUAUUUAUUUCCCUCAUUACAAAAUGUCCAACUAAUGUUCCUUCUGCUAUCAGUUAGUGAAGCUUUAGUAGAAAAUAGAAUCAGUCUAUUUCAGCUUUAGCGCUGAAUACAUGAAAAUCUAUUUACUGUCAUUUCAUUGUUUUUAUGCUUGUUGUCCUGCUGAGUGUCAAAGAACAAACUUCACACUAAUAGAAAACAGAUCAAAUAGUCUGACAGGUGCCUCUUCAUCACAGAGGCAACACUGUGAUCAGUAAAAUUAGACGGUCAUUGUUAUUAAAUGUUCUCAUUAGUUUCUUUCUGUUUCUUUAUUGUAUUGAUAAAUUAUUACACAUAAUUCUCAGUAAUUAUACCAAAACCUAAGAGCAGAAUACAAACAGACCAUGAUACAUUUUUCAGGGAUCCUCAGCUGCCAGAAGCAGAUCAGAAAAGAUCAUAAUGUUUAAUAUUCUGUAAUUGAUCAGAAAUGCUCAAAUAAUGAGGAAAUAAAUGAUGUCAAAGUUAAUUCUCAGUGUGUCAUGUGUGUUACUAACAAUGUUCAGGUGUUAAAACUUUGUAAGCUCUGCUUUUCAAAUCUUUCAUGUUCUUUAAAAAAAGUAAAGAUCUUUUGAUUUAAA